AUGAGAUUGAAGGAUUCAAAUAUAUUUAAGAUUAAAAAGUAUGUCAAAGUUCAUUCGUGUUCUCUUGAUGUUUUGAAUCGUGACCAUAGGCAAGCAAAAUCUUGGGUUGUUGGAGAAUUAAUAAAGUCAAAGUUCAAGGGAGUCGGUCGUCUAUACAAACCACGUGAUAUCAUAGAAGACAUGAGGCAAGACUAUGGCAUAAAUAUGAGUUCUGAAAAAGCAUGGCACGCUAGAGAAAAUGCGCAUGAACGAGUGCGCGGGUGUCCUGAAGAGUCAUAUAAUCUAUUGCUUAGAUAUGGUGAAGCUCUCAAACUUGCAAAUGUAGGUACAAUAUUUCACAUGGAACUUGAAGAUGAUCGUUUCUUCAAAUAUCUUUUUAUGGCUGUUGGUCCAUGUGUUCGAGGAUUCUUAAACUGCAUUAGACCGGUUAUAGUCAUGGAUGGAACAUUCCUUAAGAACAAAUAUCGGGGUCAGUUGAUAGUUGCUGUUUGCUUGGAUGGUAACAAUCAAAUUUAUCCUCUUGCCUUUGGAGUGGUGGACAGAGAAACAGAUGCUUCAAUACAGUGGUUCUUAGAGAAAUUGAAAGGUGCAAUAGGAGAGGUGCCUAAUCUAGGCUUCGUGACAGAUCGAAAAACAUGUUUUUCUAAGUGUAUUGCAUCGGUUUUUCCCUCCGCAUUCCAUGGACUUUGUGUCCAACACUUGACUCAAAAUUUGAAUGAUAAAUACAAGAAUGACACUAUAGCUACUUUGUUUUACAAUGCAUCUAGAACAUAUCGUGAAUCAACGUUCUCAGAAGCGUGGAGAAGUAUUCUUGCAUUUCCUAAUGAUUCAGGAAAAUAUUUAAACGAUGUUGGAAUAACACGUUGGUCUCGUUUUCACUGUCCAGGAAGACGAUAUAAUAUGAUGACAACAAAUAUAGCAGAGUCCAUGAAUUCUAUACUGAAAGAACCUAGAGAUUUGCCUAUUGCUUCAUUCCUUGAACAUGUUCGAGCUUUGCUACAACGUUGGUUUUGGGAGCGUCGCAAGAAGAAGGCAUUAAAGUGA